GUCUUGGUUCCCAUGGAAUGUUAUCGCUGAAAGAAAAACAUGUAUCCAAAACAGCAUUAUGGAAAGUUUCUCCUGGAAGAAUUCAAAGAAGUGAUUGGAUCUGGAAGACUACCUUGUGAAUGACUGACAGGUAAACGUCAACAGACGUUAUUGAGAGAGAAAGACAUGUCAGUGCCAUUCCGGAAAGAGUUGGAGAAAUACAAAAAUAUCAAUGAAGAUGAAAUUCUCAACAAACUCUCUGAGGAUGAACUAAAACAGCUAGAGAAUGUUCUUGAUGACCUAGACCCAGAGAAUGCACUUCUGCCAGCAGGCUUUCGACAGAAAGAUCAGACCAGUAAACCUGCCACGGGACCUUUUGACAGAGAGCGGCUAUUGUCAUAUUUGGAGAAACAAGCAUUGGAGCACAAAGACAGAGAAGAUAUUGUACCCUUUACUGGAGAAAAGAAAGGAAAGGCGUUUGUGCCUAAAGAGAGACCAAUAGAAACCGAGACAGAAAAGAAGGUGACUCUGGAUCCAGAAUUAGAAGAAGCCCUGGCCAGUGCCUCCGAUACUGAGCUGUAUGAUCUAGCAGCUGUCCUUGGAGUACAUAACUUGGUCAACAACCCUAAGUUUGAUGAAGGAACCACCAGCCAAGAUGGCAAAGGAAUUGUGAAAAAUGUGGUUAAAGGUGAAAAGGUCAAGCCUGUUUUUGAAGAACCACCUAAUCCAACAAAUGUUGAAGCUUGUUUGCAAAGAAUUAAAGCAAAUGAUCCCACUCUCCAGGAAGUCAAUCUGAACAACAUAAAGAAUAUCCCAAUUCCAACCCUGAAAGAGUUUGCAAAGGCUUUGGAAACCAAUAACCAUGUGAAGAAAUUCAGCCUGGCAGCUACUCGGAGCAAUGACCCUGUUGCGAUGGCUUUUGCAGAUAUGUUAAAAGUAAACAAGACACUGAAAAGUCUAAAUAUAGAAUCCAAUUUUAUUACUGGAACAGGCAUCCUUGCUUUGAUUGAUGCUCUGAAAGGAAAUGAAAUACUGACAGAAAUCAAAAUUGACAAUCAGAGACAACAGCUUGGCACAGCAGUAGAGAUGGAGAUUGCUCAGAUGCUGGAGGAGAACUCACAGAUUCUCAAAUUUGGGUACCAAUUUACAAAGCAAGGCCCAAGAACCAGAGUAGCAGCAGCCAUCACUAAAAAUAAUGAUCUAGUUCGCAAGAAACGUGUGGAAGAACGCCAUUAGCCUUGUCUCUGAGGAUGUGAACAAAGAGAGUUGUUUCAUCACCAUCUCAGAAAAUUCACUGGUCUGAAGGGAAGAUACUGGAAAGGCUUUAGAAUGAGACUGCUCAUGUUCCAUUACCUCAAUUCAUCCCUCCCUGCUUUUUGAACACCAUAAUUCAGCCUAGUUUUCUCUUUCCCAGCAAUCUACAAUCAUGCUCUGAAUUCAAGAUGCUCUGAGUGGAGGACCAACUAAAACCUAGUAUCAAAGAGGGAAGGGCUGCAAGUUAGUCUCUCCCCCUCCCCCCACAAUUAGUACUAAUCCAUGAGUGAUUAGAAAAUUUUCCUGCACAAGCCCCACUAAAACAAAUGGAAACUGUUUAGUGGAUUGUACCUUCUGUGUCAUACAAACCACCACCUCCUCUUGACUCAGAGUAAGCCUAGAUCUACUCGUUGUUUCCUAUUACCUUUCUAGGGCUUUGUGCAAAUAAUAAUGAAAGGGACCAAGAGGUUAUUUUAAAACAUGCCAACUCAUACCAGCACACUCUGCCAAACAAAUCAGUCUUCAAAUUCCAGACUACAAUGUGCCAUAAGCUAGACAGUAGAUAUACUGCAAAGUAUUGCUUCCUGAGCAGAUAACUGGAGACAAAUCUCACAAUAGGCUUUCUUCAUACCAAAUUAUGAUUUUCAUUAACCUUAUCUUAGAACACACUGUAGGAUCUAACAUUCAGGACUGAUUCACAUACAAUUUAACACCAUAAUAUAAUUUCCUUAGUACUUAUUUAGUGUACGUGUAAAUGUGCCCACUGCAGCAUUGUUGUUAUUUGUGAACUAGGCCACUAAGGCUCAUUCAACAAACCAUGAUUUAAAAAUUCUGGAUUUAACACUAUGCAUGAAUGCAAUUACAGACAAGCCAAAAUUGGAACUAUGAUACUUGUUAGCAUUCCUUUUCUUUAUAUUCAUCAAAUCAUGCUUUAGCUGUGCUUAUCUUUCACAUUGACUAGACCCUUCUGUUUUUCUGAAAGUAGAGCAAAUCUUCUAAGGAAAAUAUGCUAAUUUAUCCAUUGCACAGUAUCAUAAUUAGCACAAUCCAUGGUUUGAAAACCUUUCUCAAUCAUGGUUUCCGAUUCUAGCUUUUUGGCUGACUGCAAAUCAUUACGUAAAUCAGUCCUAGCCAUGGUUUAUCUUGAUAUGAACUGAGACAAUAAGCUACAUACUGUAUGGUGGAACACAACUAUCCUCCAAAACGGGAUCAUCUAGGAAAUAAUGUUUCCUAAACAUAAACAUUAGAGCCAUUCAGACACUGGCUACAAGUAAAAUCCCUUCUGCAAGUCACGCUGGAGGGAUAUUGAACUGGAAAAAUUCUAUGUCACCAUUCAGUUCCUAAUAAAGAGUAUGCUUCAUGGCUCCAUCUCUGCAUGGUUGCAAGGACUGUCAAAGACUAUGUGUUCACAUAUGUUACAAUUAGGCAAACCAGAUUCUUAAUCUAAUUUGCCAACCUAAAACAGCUUCAGGUGACCUUUUAUUUAAAUUAUUUGUUGGUGUGUGCAUAUGUAUGUGUUUUAAUAGGAGGCCAGAAUAAUUACUAAGAGCCUAUUCGAUGUAUAUUAGUGUUCUAAUAAUAAUGUGUUUGUCAAAUUGCUUUUAAGCUUGUUUUAAUUCCUGAUAUUGGACAUUUAUUAUUACUGUUGGCCACUGGAUUCAGUUAUUCCUAGAUAGUGAGCGUAAACUGAUCAGUCACUAUAGGAGAUUAGUGAGAGACAUUUCAUAUCCAUGACUCCUAGGAAACAAACUCUUUCAAAUGGAUUUAUUCUCAGGUCUGAAAACCCUACAUUCCAACUUAAGUUAUCAGGUUAUAAAAGAAAACCAUUAGUGAACAACAGAUAGCACAAAAGGCAAAGAGCCUCACUCGGGUUUCCUGAAUGAAGACAUAGUGCCAUUAAUGGGACCUCCUUCUAGGAAUUUUGAGAACUGUUGCUUCAGUUAAAAAUUGUUAAAAAUUGUUAAAAGUAUUUAAUGCUGCACACGUCAUGUUAUAUGGGGAAAAAUAGGUAGGAAAAACGACUCUUUCUCGUUGUACAGAAAUUAAGCUGAAAAGAUAAUUAAUGAUGUGAAGUCAGCAGGUAAACUUGCACCACAGUAUGUGAAAAAGCCCUUAGGACCUCGUUGUCCUAUUUACAUUUUUAUCUCAGAAAUCAGCACACAUUCUAGGUGACAGAACCACAAUAGUGAAAGCAACCCAAUAUUGUUAUUGUUUGCAGAUUAUGAAAAAGCAUUUAAGUUUCAUAAUAUAAUUUAGCUCUUUAAGGAGUAAAGCCAUUACUUUGUAAUACACCUUGUUAUUGCUUGCAAUUACGUUUACAUCUAAAAUAGGUAAUUAUGAAUUAUAGGUAAUUAUUAAUAUUAAAAUCCUUAAUCUGAAAAAUAUGCUAUUUAUUCCUGACUCCAUCUCCUUUCCCCAAUUUCAAAAAUGAUCUCUUAAGUUAGUGCUGUUGCCUCUUGUGACACAUUAUGAAGAGGAAACCCAUUGUCCACCCACAGGUAUAAAUUCAGUUUAAUAUCAACAAAUAGAAAUCCAAAGCUAACAGAGAGGCUGAAAUGUAAAAAUGUCUCAAAAGUAAACCAUGCUUGACAAGGCUAAUUUUAAGCUAAAUAACAAAUUACUGUACUCCAAAUUACAUGAGCAAGAACAGAUCCAUGAAUUUCAACUGAACUUUAAAUUUCGGUUUACAGUAAAAUUCCCUAGUAAAUUUAGCAGGAUAGAGUAUUUUAAAAUAUGAAAAAGUAGGUGGCUGAAUCUUUUCCAAUCAACUUUCUUCCCUCCGCCACAAUACCACCUUUCCUCCAGCCACUUUUCUAUGGAAGCUGCACAAAUGUGCAAUACAUGUGCAAUGUUAGCAUUUAGUUCCACAAGAUCUCUGCUUGGACAUCUCCCUUGUGCUUAUAAAAUGCACUGCAACUGAAAUGCAUCACAGUAUUGAAUAGCAAGUAAUUGACACUGGAAAAUAACUAAUAACUGACUCACUAUUGUGUCUGUAAUCUUUGGAAAGAAGUGCUUAACUAAGAUCAAUACUAUUUUUAGUAUUAUUUACCCCAAUACAGUGCCCAUUUGGACGCCUUUUCAAAAAGCCUAGUAAUUGCUUACAUAUCUCUACAGCUGUGCACAAAAAUAAAUUUAAAAAUAAAAUGUGUUGUUAUUUAUAGCUAGGUAUAUACACAGAGGAAAAAUAGCCUUUAAAAAAAGGAAUUGAGAUUUUCUGCCUGCAAAUUUCCACCCACUGUACAGUAUGGCAAAAAAUGUUGGAAAAUAGGUUCUGCUGUUUGCAUAAGCUGUAUCACUAGUAAAAGGAUAUGUAUACUAUUAGAUUAGAAACAUACAUAACCAGAGAACAUAAAGAACAUUUGCACACAGCCCAGCCCAAAGAUUUCCAAGAAUGCCAUCUGAAAUAAUUUUUAGAAUCAUUUUUAAAAUAUUGCAUAGAGAAUUAGGUCUCAAAUCAUUUGGUAGUGACGUACGUAGAGAUGGAUGUCCCCAUUGCCACAACACACAGUUUUCUUUCCCAGCUUUGACGGAUUUUUCCACACUAUAAUUUAUUUAGCUGACUGUUCAUUAAUAUUUCUUCAUCUUUGGGAAAAAAAACAGCAGAAAGUAAAUAUAGUCAGCUACAACUGACUAUAGUAUUACACAACUGCACCUUGUCCCAACAUGGCAGAGAUAGCCCAGAGUUAGGCAGUCCAAAUUUAUAAGUCUGACUUGAUAUGAGACAAUUUCCUAUGUUCUUUGAACAGGGCCUCCUGAAGACCAGGCACUGGUAUAGAUGUCCUGACCCAUAUAUUCAUGCCCUCAUUUGCGGUAGUAACCUGCUGAAUCUUUAAACAUAUAAAACAGGAUAUUGUGAUCUUUUUUAAAUCAGGGUCUUUUGAAUUGUAAGCUUUGUAUAUAUGAUGCUGUAUUUGCAUGUGGUAAUUCUAUUGUGGGCAUCCUGGCUGCUUUUUCUUUCACAUUCCUUGAACAUGUUCUUUAUCCAAGUAAUGGACAAGAUAAUGUGUAUAUUAUGAAUAUUUUUUUUAUUGCCUAAUUCAGUCUGCAGCCUUAUUAAUCCUUCUACCCAGUUCACAAAAAAGUCAAUUUGAGAUGAGUUAGUCCAAUAGCAGCAUUCAAUUAUAUUUAUCAGCUAAUUCUUGAUCCCCUUAUUAACUGUCUUUUUUAAUGUCUAAAUAGAGAUGUGACUGCCAUCAACAAAGAGGCAUUCACUGGGGUGCAUGAGAAGAUAUGAAUAUCCUUGUCUUGAAUAAUACCUGCUUCAACAUACAUGUGCAUCCUUUGAAAACAAGGUGGCUUUUUUCCUUGGGAAGUAUUAUUUUCAUCAUAUUUAACUUCAAUCACACAAUCAUCACCUCAAACUCAUGCAAAUAUUACUAAUCAGUCACAGCUUUAGAACAUAUGACUAACUAUUAACAAAUUAGAAAGUUAUUAUAAUGUGUACAUGCAGUUACUUGAAAAGUCAGAUCUGAUAUUCAGCAUAGCACCUGCUAAGUGGGAUAAAUUUUACCAGUCUACUCAUUCAACUAGUUAAGAAACAGAGACUUUAUACAUUUGCCCGAAAAAGUUAGCUCGUGAUAAGAAGCUGCUUGUCUCUAUCCUACAUCAUUUACUCAAGAGGAUAGAUUUCAGCUGCUACAAAAGGCUGGCAUUUUUUAAAAUGUUCCUUUUGUUUGAUCACAGCUUAUGAUUCAACAGCUGUAUAAUAGGUCAACAUUCAAAAGUAAAACUGUGGUACUGCAAUGAUGGAAUCUUUGUGUCUGAGCUGGGUUGGUAUUAAAAGCAUAGAAGUCUGCAGUAAGGAAAGGGAUAUACUGUACCCUGCAAGUUUAGAUUUGGGCAUUAGUUUCUGAACAAAAACAUAUCCUUAACAUAGCAUAUGAAGCAAUUCUAUGAACCAUCCAAAAUACACAGAAAAUUUUAAUGAUGGACUAAACGCAGGAGAAGACUGAAUAGCUAGCAUAUUAUCCUUGUUAAAUACCAUAUUAAGAAUUUAUUAUAUAUAAUGUACAUUCAAACAUGCAUUCCCCUGCCUGCAGUCUGUAAUGGGGCUGCCAACAACCAGCAUAACAGACAAUAUUCCCUUGACCUUAUAACUUGGCCCUAUAGUUUUAUGUAUCUUCUACUAUAUCCUUGCUCAGGUAUCUUCCUUUGAUACAUGCUUUUCAAGGUGCUCAAGUCAGCCAUUGAAGCUGCACUGAAGGUGCUAACACUAAGGAGAUAAUGAAACUGAAUACAAUAGUUUUACAUCAAUGAUAAUACUUCUCCAGGAAGGAAAGGAACUACAGCUGUGUCCAAGGUCCUACAAAGGAUUUUGAGGACAGAGAAAGCUCUCUAAAGCUUUGCAAUUUAGCCAUUUAAUAAGGACUGGCCUUAAGCCUUUUAAAAGGGACAUACUGAUGAACAACAAGGAGAGAAAGGCUUCCUAGAAAUAAAACAAUGCUACCCAUAUUUAGAAGUAAGGCGUACAGAGAAUAUAUCCAGUACAUAAGAUGAAUGCAAGCUAAGUUUCCUAUUUUUAUAUGGAAGACUUAGCAUUUGAUGUAGGAUUGCUUCUAAACUAAGAUUACAAGCAGAUGAGAAUAUUUGUAACAUGACACUGGGGCAUACAUUCAAUUAUUAAAAGGAAGAACUUGACAAAG